UUUCUCUGGCCGCCAGGUCCGGCGAGCCGGAGCCGCUAGGUGCGGCGUCGCCGCGGGACCCGCCGGGUCGGCAGCUCUGGGAAGACAGCCGGGAACACACUGCAAAACACUGAAAAAAAAUUCUCAAGUCAGUCCGAGGCGCAGGGGGGCAGGUGUUCAGCUCUCCCAGGCUCCUCGAGGCCUCUGCUAUGACCACAGUUCCCUCGUGGUACCAGGACUGCCCUUUGCUGCCGCAGCCACACCAGAUCCCCGUUCUGCCCUGUCUGUCCUUGGCCCCAAGCCAGCAUGGGUAGUGUCAGUAGCCUCAUCUCUGGCCACAGCUUUCACGGCAAGCACUGCCGGGCUUCACGAUACAAGCUGGGCAAAUCCUCCCAUCUCAAGAAGCUCAAUCGGUAUUCAGAUGGGCUGCUGAGAUUUGGCUUCUCUCAGGACUCAGGCCAUGGCAAGUCCAGCUCCAAAAUGGGAAAGAGUGAAGACUUCUUCUACAUCAAGGUCAGCCAGAAAGCCCGGGGCUCCCACCACCCAGAUUACACUGCACUGUCUAGUGGGGACAUAGGCGGCCAGCCUGGGGUGGACUUUGGCCCGUCCACCCCACCCAAGCUUAUGCCCUUCUCCAAUCAGCUAGAAAUGGGCUCAGAGAAGGGUGCGGCGAGGCCCACAGCAUUCAAGCCCGUGCUGCCGCGGUCAGGAGCCAUCCUCCACUCGUCCCCUGAGAGCUCCAGCCACCAGCUGCACCCUGCCCCUCCAGACAGGCCCAAGGAACAGGAGCCAAAGCCCAGCCUGUGCUCUGGGGCGCUGUCUGACUCCGGCCGGAACUCCAUGUCCAGCCUGCCCACGCACAGCACCAGCAGCAGCUACCAGUUGGACCCACUGGUUACGCCAGUGGGGCCAACCAGCCGUUUUGGGGGCUCAGCCCACAACAUUACCCAGGGCAUCAUCCUCCAGGACAGCAACAUGAUGAGCCUGAAGGCUCUAUCUUUCUCUGAUGGGGGUAGCAAGCUGGCCCACCCAAGCCAGGCGGACAAGGGUUCCUCAUGUGUGCGUUGCCCCAUCUCCACAGACGAGUGCACCAUCCAGGAGCUUGAGCAGAAGCUGCUGGGGAGAGGAGAGCUGCAGAAGCUGCAGUGCAGCCUGGAGGAGAAGGAGCUGCCCUCCAGCCAGGCCUCCGAAGAGCGGCAGUGGCGCUGCAAGGAGGGGCGGGAGGGCCUGGAGCAGAAAGGCAGCAGCAAACUGAAGCAAGCUUCCCAGAAGAGCCAGCGCACGCAGCAGGGGCUGCACCUCCAGGUGCUCCAGCUCCAGCAGGAGAAGCGGCAGCUCCGGCAGGAACUUGAGAGCCUCAUGAAGGAGCAGGACCUGCUGGAGACCAAGCUCAGGUCCUACGAGAAGGAGAAGACCAGCUUCGUCCCUGCGCUAGAAGAGACCCAGUGGGAGGUGUGCCAGAAGUCAGGUGAAAUCUCUCUCCUGAAGCAGCAGCUGAAGGAGUCCCAGACAGAGAUCAAUGUCAAGGCUAGUGAGAUCCUCAGUCUGAAGGCGCAGCUGAAGGACACACGGGGCAAACUGGAAGGCAUGGAGCUGAAGACCCAGGAUUUGGAGAGCGCUCUGCGCACCAAGGGCCUAGAGCUAGAGGUCUGUGAGAAUGAGCUACAGCGCAAGAAAAAUGAGUCUGAGCUUCUCCGAGAGAAGGUGAACCUGCUGGAGCAGGAGCUGCUGGAGCUGCGGGCCCAGGCUGCCCUGCAGCGGGAUGCUGUGUCUAUGGGGCCAGGACUGGGGCCUGGGCCAGGGACUACCUUCUCUGAGGACAUCCCCACCCUGCAGCGGGAGUUGGAGCGGCUGCGUGCAGAGCUGAAGGAGGAGCGGCAAGGCCACGACCAGAUGUCCUCAGGCUUCCAGCAUGAGCGGCUGGUGUGGAAGGAGGAGAAAGAGAAGGUGAUCCAGUACCAGAAGCAGUUACAGCAGAGCUACCUAGCCAUGUACCAGCGGAACCAGCGCCUGGAGAAGGCUCUGCAGCAACUGGCCCGUGGGGACGGUGCAGGGGAGCCCUUUGAAAUUGACCUUGAAGGGGCCGACAUCCCCUAUGAGGACAUCAUAGCCACUGAGAUCUGAGGGACCUACCAGGAGAGGGAGAGCCAGGGAUCUGGCAUCGGGAGGCAGGGGUACAGAGCCUGUCACGGAGGGCUCCUCUCCCCACUCCCCUGCUCAGUAACUCAGGCCUCUGUGAGAGGCCUUCCCCAAGGCACAGACUGGGAUUCUCCAGGGGAGGGGGGUAGGAAGGACUGCUACAUAACCUUUGCAGUCCUUGCCCACAUUGCAGCAUUUACCAUCCCUGCAGCCCACCAGACCUCUAGCUUUCCUAAGAGAUGGGUUCAGGGAUCUCCAUCAUUUGGUUAAGAGAUCUCUAAACCUUGCCUUUUUGUUCAAAAAUGCUUAGACCCUCUCCCAGGGAUGGUGGUAACUGCUGUAUUGGCCGAUGGCCACCCCAGGACAGAAGCUCCCUUCUGCCUCUUCGCACAACCGCUUUUUUUGCCCCUGGACACAUUGGGAUGCCUUGAGAUAGAAAGAAGCCAUCUGUGAUCAUAAACCUUAGAACCUGACCUGGUCAUAACCUGAGCUGUUUUUCUCUGGCCUCGGAGUUGUAGGGGUUGGAUUUUGGUAUGGAGAACCUGGCUUAGCAACAUCAGAGCUGCCCCAACCCUAGAAAGCCACAAAAAGGAGGGGAAAUCUGGGGCAGCCCAGGAAUGUCUAGACUUAGCAAAGCCCAGAGGGGGUCAGAGGGAGAACCCAGGUAGUAAUGGCCAGACCCUGCUGGGCCCUGCUAACUGGAGGUAAGCAGCCUUUGGACAGCUGGUAGCCAUUGAUCUCAGUGACCACUCUUCUUAAGGCCAUAGACACUGAGGCCCUGGGGGGGGGAAGAUUGUGACACAGGGAAGGUGUGGCUUUCCAAAUUUCCCCGGGAGAGCCUCCAGAUCUUUCCUCAUGGGGCCAGAGGUAGGGGUGCCCCCACCUCGUUUAAAUUGGCCAGUGGCUACUCUGAACUUACUUUCUUCUCAAGAAUCCAGCCUUUGCUGGAUCCAGAAUAACCUAUAUAUGACGAAAAUGGUGCAGGGAUGAUCUGACAUUUCCCUCCUUUGCCUGUGGCUCAGUUGAGUGGCACACCCUUUCCCCUUUGCAUUUCCAGUGCUAAAUUCAGACAAGACUCCUUACAGGUCAGGAACAAUCCCCAGAGUUUGGUGGGCCAGAGUCCCAGGCAGGGAGAAGAGACACAAAUACAGCCUUAUGAACAGCCCCAGGGCCACUGGCUAGCCUCUGUCCACCUGGGCCCCACAGGAGCCCCCAGUUGUAAAGAAUCCAGAAAGCUUCAGUUUGCUGGGGGCUGGGCCAGUGCCUGGGGGAGGCUGGUGUUUCUCUUCUGAAGAUGUACAGAGCUGGGGGAGGAGAGAAUGGUGGGGUUUCUUACUUAGUUGCUUGGUUCAGAGGAAAAAAAAAAUUUUUUUUUUUUAGUCUUCUUUCUUUUUUUCUUUCUUGUCUUUUCAGAAGCAAGCCAGAUCUAGCAGGCAGCCAGAACUGUUCCAUGUUCUAUUUUUGACUCAAGCUACAGCUGUUGUUCUUUCUUAGGACAGCCAAGCCUUGCUGGAUUCCUGAGCUUCAUGCCUGCUUGCUGAGAGGGGUUCACUGAGGUAGGAGAGAUGAGAGAGUCUGGGUAUUUAGCAGUGUGAGACCAAACCCCCUGGUUCUGCCUUCCUGACCACUGUCCUUACAGGACCCAGAGUGGGAGUGGGAGCUGCUUCUUGUCACCCCCCACCUUCAGAGCCACCACAUUCUUUCCCUGAGUUGGGCUGAGAGCAGGGCCAUCUUCCCUGCGGUUGGCUCUGCCUUCUGGUCCCUGGGGUUAAGCUGUGCCUGUGACAGAGGAGCUUUUCUGGAAUUUCAAGCCACUGGUCUUAGUCAUAGGGCAGAUUUAAACCUGAAAUGGAUAGGCUAAAUGCCCCCUUCCUGCCUGGAGGGCAGUGCCCUCCACUGGGCACAGUGUAGGCCCUCAAGUCAAAAAUGUCCCAUUCCCUCUGCUACGCUGUUAGACGGUGGGAGAGGGAUGGUAAAAUAUCUUUCAACUGAGAAGGCACUUUGAGACCAGAAAACAAAGCAGGUGACUCCAUCCAGUUUACAGAGUUUUAUUCAGGGUAACUUACUGACAGGGAGAAUCGGGUGGAGGAGGAUCUAGGCGCUGCACGCAGUUAUUCUCCACAAAGUCUGGACCUCCGACCACAGAUUCUAUAAAGCUAGGGGACACACAGGAGGGCAUUAUGGUGAGAUUCAAGGGUUUGCAUACACCUAAUGGACAGCUAACCUUUAAUUAGAUCUGCAGCACCACCUGUGCCUCAGGAAGAGGAAAGACUAUGUUCUCUUUAGCAGAUUCAUGGGAGGCCUAACAGCCUCCCCCAAUCCCAGCCUGCAAAGGCAUUUCUAAGGUAUGUAUGUUAACCUCCCAGGGGCCCAGAACACAGCUCCAAGAGAGGUCAUCUAGCGAACACGAGCAAGAUGGAGGGCCCAAGAUGGAGUCCGUAUUGUCAGCACUCCUACACACAGCGCUCACCCCCUCUGUUUCACCAGCCUGUGCCUUGUUUGAGUUCCUAUCCCCAUUGAGACCGCCAUGAGAUAGAGGGGCUGCUGCUCCCCCCUGCCAGGCUGGAGAUACCCCACUGCUCCCCACCCCCAGAGAGCAGCCAAAGCCCUGUGCCCUGCCCUCCAGACCUUGCUGAGAAGAGAUGGGUGCUAAGCCCAGGGGAGGACACUCAGGGGCAAGGUCUGUGCUCCACCAUGGUGUGACCAUACCAAGCACUCUGCAUCCCUGCCUAAGGCCAACCCGUGGAUGCCCCCCAACCAGCUGAAGGCUCCAGGGUGCCCCAUAGGGCACCAGAGCGCAACUGUGUCCUAUAACAUAGUGACCUUACCGCCAUGUGGUUUUUCUUCCCUUCCCUGUGGAAAAACAUCCUUGUUAUUCCCAGACCAUGCCAAACCCAGCCUCUCCGAAAGGAGGCUCUGAACAACAGAGGCUGAGCAGUGACUGGGAAGUCAGAUGACAGGGGCUUCAGAGCAGACGGCCUGGCCCAGGGCCAGCCAGCAUGAGCUCGCUGCCCUUCGCUCUGAAUACUCCUGCCGGCAUGCUUGCUCAUUCAGUCAGAUCGACCUGCUCUGCUCUUCCAAAGGAUGCCUGGCCUGAAAACGCUCUGCCUGCCUGCAAAGAGAGAGCAGCACCCGGUACCACCUCACCAAGAAGGGCACUCUGCCUCCAGGCCUUGCAAUGACCAGAGUCUCUCAGGGCUCCCCCUGGGGCUUGUCUUCUGGCUGCUGGGUCAUUCAGGUAACUCCUGCUGGGUACACUCUGGCCCCCAAAGGCACUGAGCUCUAUAGGGCCUGGGGAGGGUUAGCUUUCCUCCGAGAAACACUUGCUGACCCUCUGCUCCCUGCCCUGCUCUUGUCUCAGCCCAGCCUGGGCCAUCUCUUGCUGAUGGAGCAGCAGCUUUGGGAGAGGGCUUUCCCUAUGGGUCCUGAGUCCUCCUAAACCAGAACUGCCACGGCAGGAGGCUGUGCACCCUGUCCAGUGGGUGCUUCUUGCGUUGUCUGUCUUGUGCUGAGUCUGCAGGCAAAGCUGGAACCUCCAGCCAAGGCUGGCUUCGGAUAGACUGGCAUUUGGAAGAAUAUGUACAUAGUUAUUUUUCUCUGGGUUGUUUCUUGUUUUGUUUUUUGGUUUUUU